ACCGCAGCUACACUUCCUGUUGUCUAAACCUCGUUAGUUAGGGGACGAGCCGUGUUCUCGCUGCUUGCGCGCUUGUCGACACCUUUAGCUUGUCGGCCUUGAUGAGAGAGGAGCGUCCGCCCUUCCUGCGAUAGGAAACUGACGUAAAGAAACCAGAGCAGACGGAUCUCAGGGCGAAUGAACAACGUUUGUUCUCAUAUUUACUGAAAGUGUUCACCUUUUUACACAGCUGUCUCUUAGUGUAAUCAAACUGUGCUAAAAGACAGCUACCGAGGACGACAGGAGGAGGAAAAUAAGCAGUGUGUGGAUCUGUAACCUGGGGGUUUGGUAAGGUUUCAGUCAUUCACAGGGUGUUGUGCUCUGCUUUCUAGUCUUCAUGCCUUAGCUGUUUCAUAAAUUCUGGGUCAAACCUUGUAAAAACUCAGAGACCAUAUUCUUUGGGAUGUUAAGAGCUGCAACUUUAACAGAGUUACUUGUGGUGUGAACUCAAGAGUCAAAACAGCUAACAUAAAAUACACUUAAAAUGUUUUCCAUCCUCAGACAACAUCGUUAUUGUGGUACAUUUCUCCUUUUAUACUAACAGAUACUCAGCAGUGGGUAAGAAGUGUUCAUUAGUCCGCUUUUAAGUAUCUUAUUUUACUAUGAGAUGAACCAAAAAAAGAGAAGGAAAAAAAAAUUUGGCUCAUAAAUAUGCAAACUUGCAUUACUAAGUGUUAUUUUGCACAUCAGGCGUUUGACUUCUGCAGAGACACUGAGCUGGACCACAUGCAAGAGUCAAACCCAAAGCCACAUCCUUCUCUCACACACUUUUCUUUUUUCAGAAAUGUCCUGUUUUCAUUUUCAGGCUAUAAUUAGCUCAGUAUGUGCAAGUGUGACCCGCCUUGCCUCUUUUUUUGUCUUCUCUUUCUCACACACUUGCACACUGGCUCCAUCGCCGUUUUGACUGAAACCUUUAAAUUCUCCUCUAUUCAGGCAUGGCUGAUCUGCUAAGGCUGCUGCUCCGGGUGGCUGAGAAAGCGGCCAAUGUGGCUCGGGUCUGCAGGCAGGAGGCCCCCCUCUUUCAGCUUCUGGUGCAAGAGAAGACCGGCGAUGACAAAAACAAGAAGUUUGUGCAGGAUUUCAAAACGCUGGCUGAUGUAGUGAUCCAGGAGAUGAUUCGUCAUGAUGUUGGUGCUCAGGUAGGAGAGGGCAGAGUGAGAUGAGUCUGUCUGCAGUAAGUUGAAUUUUAAUCAUACCCUGUCUGUUUGUUUCUCAGUUUCCUGAGAUGGUUGGCUUCAUCCAUGGAGAGGAGUCUAACAAGUUUGAGAACGGCCUUGGUAACUACUUAACACUUUUAACUCUUAACCGUUUUCUACAGCUGACACACAGAUCUAUGUCUAACAGGUAGGGCUGGGCGAUAUUGUAAAAAGUUUAUCACAAUAUAUUUUUUUCAUAGCAGUCAAUAUCAAUAUAUAUCACGAUAUAAAAAAUGAAAUUUUGUUUAUUGGAAGAAUGUCUUUUGCAAUACAAUAAGCUACUGCAUCUUUGAGGUCUUUGUGUCUCUUCAGCAUUUUGUUGUAAGGCGUUGGACUAGAGAAAGCGGACUGAAUGGUCGGCUGUUUCGGCUGCACAGGCGCCGUGGGCUCCUUGCUCUGCUUGGGGUUUGUAACCUUUUGCGCUGCGUGUGCUCUGCCGUGUGGCACUGCUUCAGGUGGUGAAAAAGAUUUGAGGUAUUCCCCGACUUUGCGAGAACAUGUACUCGACAUGAUUUGCAGUGCACAUUACUCUGCUUCAUGUCCGACCUCAUUAAACCAAAAUACCUCCACACCACCGACGUUUUUGUGCCAGUGUUGUCGACGAUGUUGUCAUUUGUUGAGCCUUAAUCUCAAUUUCUUCCGGGGGUUGCACUCAUUUUCUUUUUUCUCACCAACAGUGCUGUCGGCUUCACGUGUUAAAGUGUUAUGGUUGCAUGUAGCUGCAGCCUGCUACACGCAGUUGUUUGAUAGUUGGUUCUAAUUCAGCACAUGAUUGGUUCAGCGCAAAUUGGACCUGGAGCAACUCCCCUUUUCAUUGGCUAUUGAAAUAGUCUACCAAAACGUCAGAAUGCCGACUAUCGAAAAGCAUACUGACCAUGUUUUAUAUUGAUAUUGAGGGAAAUAAAUUUUCGAUACAUGUUGUUAUUGUUUUAUCGCCCAGCCCUACUAACAGGUUACAUUUUCUGUAUGUGAGUUUUACAAUAUCAUAGAGGAGCAAGUUCUGGACGCUGUGAAAAUUUGAGCUGGAAUGAUUCUUGACUUUUCCAGUGAGGAUUUAGCACAUAUAUGGACAAAGUUAAUCAGACGGCAGCUUAGUUAAAGAAAUAAUUGUACAAAUUAGAAGUUAGGUACUUUGAAACAGGUAAAGAACAUGCUUGUAGGUUUUGAUAUUUGAUUGGUAGAAAUAUGUGUUUGACAAUUUGUCUGUUGAAAAUGCCAGAACCCGAAAGACUGGUCUAAUUUUGCAGUUGUUGCUUUGACUCUUAAAUAUGUCAGUAUUACAAAUGCAACAGAAGAUUUGUUGGCUGAUGUGUUUUUGCAUCUUCAGCUUUGUUUAACCGACAGUCCAAUAACAGAUAUAUUAGACAAAGAAAAGCAGCAGCUCUUCACAUUUUGGUGUAAAUCACUAAAAUGUGAUAAGAUAGUUGAAGUUGUUUAUUGACAAUGUAAUCAAAAGUUGAAAUCCCAUCAGUGAGCACAUUGUCUUUCUUCAAAGCAGACCGUUUUAAUCACAUUUUAAUUUGAGGGACACUGAACAGCUGGGCUUAAACUUGUGACAGGAGAGGGUCAAGUUCUGCUCUUUGUCUUGGCUCACACCAGCUUUUUCCAUUAGCAGCGCGCUCUGAGUGAUAAACUAAAAUAAAGAGCCAGAUAGUGACAAAAAUGGUUAUUCUGUUAGGGAACCUCUGAGAAACCCCUCAAAAUUUCAUUUUAAACCACCAGCCCUGUCGAUGGCUCUGUGUAGAUAUUUUAAUCCUGUGUUGUAAUGUAUUCAAAUGAAGUCUAACUGUCUCUGGAUGUCCAGGAGAGAGCGUGACAGUCACGGUAUGCAGCACAGAGCAGGAGACGGCCACACUGCUCGCCACGGUGCUGGACGGCAACCACACAGCAGCAUCUCUGUUGGCUCGAGCCAUCCACAGAGACCCAGUGACCAGCGACGCAGAGACCGACAGUCUGACGGUGCCCCUCAGCCCCUCCGAGCUCGGCAUCUGGAUCGACCCCAUAGGUGAGAGACAGUGGUCCUAUGACUUUGUCUCAGUAAAAAGAAAAGUCUCAAUGACAACCGUCUCGUGUUUUUUAAUUCAGAUGCCACCAGUCAGUACAUAGAGGGCCGAGAGGAGGUGCUGGAGGAGGGACACUUGUCCCCUUCAGGUCUGCACUGUGCUUUGGUCCUCAUUGGGGUUUUUCUCAGAAGUACGGGGGAGCCUGUUAUGGGCGUCAUCAACCAGCCGUUCAACCACAAGGACCCAGCAAGUGGAGAGUAAGAAUAAGAAACACAUUGGGGGAUUCCACCGGCACACAAACAUGACCUCUUUUACUGUAAACAUUCAAACAGCUGUUACACUAAAUCUAUCUACAACUCCAUAUGGCUCUUUUUAGAUUCUGAACAAUUAUAUUGAGUUAAAGUUAUUUAUGUAAACUCGGGGUGUUAUAAAUGAAACGAACACCAAGGUCAGAGUUUCUUGAAUAAACCUGAUGAAGCUGAGUAAGUUCAGCACAAUAGCUCUGUUUUAACAUCUGAGCUAAUGUGUAUCACAGGGGACUGUAUAUUCCAUGUUAUAUUACAUAAUGUGUGUUUUACCUUAAGCUGCUGCCUGUACAUGAACGAGGAUGUUUUGGACUUGUAAAGACCCAGACUGUCAUGGAAAUAUCCUCAAGAUCCUGUGUCCUCUUUAUCUUUGUACAUUAUUUACCUUUUCUUUGCUCUUCCUUCUAUUUUGAGUCUGAACAGAUACUCUAAAAGUGAGAUUCAUGAGGAAAUUGUUGAAAGUGUUUAUAUGGUGAUGUGACUUAGUACCUGAUGAGAGCCUUGAAAUGUUGGAGAACUUUCCUGGUAGAUAAAACUCUUGAGAUAACCAUCACCUACCUUUAUUAUUUGUGUUCACAGCUGGAGGGGGAAGCACUUCUGGGGGGUUUCCUGUGGCAGUAUCAACCUGUGCUCAGAGUCUCGUCCAGCAGCCGGAUCAGAAGGAGGUCUCACUGUGGUGCUGAGCUCCAGUGAGAAGCAGGUAGUAAAAGAAGCUCUGACCUCUCUGUGCGGCCCCGACAGGCUGAUGUACGCCUCUGGAGCCGGCUACAAGAUCCUUUGUGUGAUUCAAGGCCUAGCUGAUGUUUACAUCCUCUCAGAGGGGAGUACCUACAAGUGGGAUUCCUGCGCUCCUCAUGCCCUGCUAAGAGCCCUUGGGGGUGGGGUGGUGGACCUUAAAAAGAGUCUCCAGUCAAGUGCUGGAGCUCAGGAUCUGCAGACUGAACUGACCUAUCACCAGCCAAAUGCUGAGUGUAAAGGUGCAGACCGCUGGGCCAACAAUGGUGGUCUGGUGGCUUAUCAAGACUGUUCUCAGCUCCACAGAGUCACAGCUGCUCUGAGAGGAAAGCUGUAGUCCGAGAGGCAAAUGUGCUGAACAUGAGCUUUUUGUCAGACAGAAUUAUAUUCAUUUGUUUCUAAAUAAUCUUUAUGCAAGAGAAAGGUAAAGUAUGGGAUGGAAUAAUUUUAAUUAGAAAGAUUAUUGUCUUAUUUUAAACCUGCUAUUCUUUAAAUGCUUGUAUUCCAAGAAGAAUGUCCAGUCUGUAUUAAAUAUAAGUUUUAAUGUCUACCUGGUUCAAGCCUUUAUUGGUGGAGGGUGUAAGUGACGGUGUCUGUGCAAUAUGGAGCUAAGUAUUAAUUCAGCUGUAACCAUGACGAAAAUACCAGGAAUUUUAGCCUCUGAAUGGGAUUGAAAGGCUCCUCUAACACUGUUGUCUGUAUUUCCACUGAUGCCUAAAAAAACAAUAGAAAGUCGGCCGAUGUGUGAAAUAAAUCUUCUGAAUGUCAUGAGUGCUUUAAAGGGAUAUUCCGGUGUAAAAUUAAUUUAGGGUCAAACACCAAGCUAGACACCUCCUCAAGAGAUGAAUGUUGCCGACCGCUUGCUUCUCUAGUUAUACCAACUUGAGUAACGACCGCACGAUAGCAACACACAGCAGUCUGUGGAACCACACACAAACCUCAACCAAAACGCCACUCUAUAGCCACAAAGAAGAACAGCACCUAACUUCAUCAACAGUACAUAUAGGGUCCCAGCUACAGCGCUGGCCAUCAAACAUCUUUUUAACUUUGCCUAAUUUCUUCAGCAUUGAGACUAAACACAACUCACCUACUCCCUUCCAGCAGCAGCUUGUUUGUAGCGAGACCUUGACCAGUCCAUCAUCGACUGAGGCGGGAGGGCACAGCUCAAGGAAGAACAUUUCUUAAUGGAAAUGCAAUCAGACUGAGACGCUAAGGCAAAAGAACUACCACUAACUAGCAACAUUCAUCUCUCAAGGAGGUGUCUAACUUGGUGUUAUGGUGUGUUUGACCCUAAAUUAAUUUUACGCCGGAAUAUCCCUUUAACGAGGCACACAAUGUGCAACAGUGCAAGUUCCAGUCUACAUAUACUUUUCAGAGUUCUAUCGUUCUUGCAGGGACUUUUUCAUUGUGAGUAAAAUCAAGUCCCAGGAUCUUUAUAGGACUCUGGUCCGUGCAAAGGAAAUGUAGUGAGUAUGUGGACCCUCACCCUGGUGAGAAAUACACCUUCCUCUGAUGGCACUCUCAGCUGUCAGGCUGCAGUUUGUGUAGACAGUGUAAAGUUGUGCCUAGUAACUAAAAAAAUCCUUUAUGGAGGGGAGAGAAUAAAAACACUGGUGCCAUUUCUCAAUCAAAUCUGCAAUUCAGAGAGGACUGUCUUGUGAAUGUGUUCAAAAUAGAUUCUGUGUUUGAGGUUUCAAAAACAGGAGAAGGGAACAUGUUCCUACUUUUGUAACCACAUUAAAAUCAAAAUCAUCCAUCAAUGAAUGUGUCAGAAAAAUAUCAAGUUAAAGGUUGACUGAUAUAAGAAGAUGGCUUUGGUGAGUGUGACAAUGCAAUAGGCAGCAGAAAGAUGAAACCUUUUGUCAUAUUUCUUCUAAGCUCCUUGGUGAUGGCCUUAUUACAGCUACUUAAAGUAAGAAAAAUUAACUGAUCUAAUAACCAAUCAUUUAAUAUUACACUUUAAAUAAAGAAAGUUUAAGAUACGAGUUCAUAAAAAGGACCAUGCUCACUGCAGGACAGCUGAGAACCAGGAAGAGAGAGGUCAUGUGAAUGACUGGAGCGGUUUUCUUUUUCUUGGAUUUUAAGGUUAUAAAGUUGGUUAUGGCGUUUGUUAAGAUGAAAGUAUAGUUAUUCCAAAAUAUGUAACCUGUAAAAGGUUGAAAUUAGCCAAGUGAGACUAAAAUCAUGCAGUGUGCAGGAAUCUUCACCUCUCUGAAACAGCGCCUUUUAAGGAGCCCUGUUGCCUCAGCUCCGGCACCAUCAGUUUAUCAGGUCAGAGCGGGUAAAAGCCAUAUGAGGUAAAACAGUGACAGAGCUCUUUUCACUGUCAGUUUACAGUAAAAUGAAACAUGAAGUAAGUUUAAAGUUACUAUCUAUGCAGGCGACCGGCUCUUCUGGAGGACGGAAACAGAUUUUUAUCACUUGUACCAUUGGCACAUGGCCUGACUUUCUGUGUUUAAGAUAUGUGUUGUUGAGAAAUCAUUUAUGUGAGCUAAACAAAGUGUAACAAGAAUGUGCAUAUAGUAAAUAAUCUUUAUUUUGAAAAUCAGAGAAAGCGGGGAAAGAAACCCAACAGUGAUUUUUAAAACUGUUUUGCCAGCCAGGGAACUCGCAGUGUGAUUCCCUAGAAAAAACCCUGAUGAUUGUCAUUUUUUUUUGUUUUGUUUUUGUUUGUUUUUUUGCAAUACUUCUGCAUAUUCUGUUGGAAAACUUUAAAGAAAAAGAUCUUUGUGUGUUGUCUCUUUCAUUGAUCUCUCAGACUGCUACCUUUAACAUACAGCACAGAACAUUCUCAAGUCAAGGUGGACGUGUAAAAAACUGCACAUCGCAGUCACAGCUAUGAAUCCAGUUUUCCAGACAGGCUAAAUUUGAAGGAAUUUACAUCUUUUUUUUUUCUCUGAUUGUCGUUUUACAAUCUGAAUCCAAUCUGCAAAUAUGAAAACACUCAUACUUUUACAUUUGUUGCUACUUUUUUACAAUUUGCCGAUUUAUUUUUACCAGGAUUUUUCUUUUACACUUCCAAUUAGUUAAAAGGAGGUGCUGUUUUAGUGAGCAAUUACUCAACCUGUGUCUGGGAAACUGGAUGAACAAGAACAAAAAAAAAAACUAAACAAUUUGACACAUGAAAAGAACCAUGGCAAACUCAAUAUCCUGCAUAAAAAAACCACAACACUUGCAGCAAAGUUUCAAGCUACCAGACAAACUCACAUUAAGCAUCACAAUGCCAUGAAACAGUCCUUACACUUUUCACCAGAGUGUCAUGGUUAUGCAGUUUUUGUGUGGUUUGUCACUCACCAAACAUUCAGCUUCUACUGAAAGACAAGAAAACAUCCGGAUUAGCAAAUGAGCUGUUAGCUUAGCAAGCUACCUCUCCUACUCAGCUUCAGCCGAAGGAGUCUGACGACAUUUCAAAAUCCCUGUGAUGUUACCACAAGCUAACUGUGUGUGCAAAUUAACACAAAAAAACAAUGAACAUAAAACUUUUCUCAUGAAAUGGCAGUAUAGAAAAAUAACCUUUAUCAGUUGUGUUACAUAAAGGAGCCAUUUCACUCUACUCUCACUAUCUUCACAUAUCAGGUGUAAACAAUAACUGUUUUCUUGAAUUAACUUAAAAUAAAAACUAAUGUGUUACUCCUACGCAGAAUCCAAUCAAGAAAACAAAGCCGAACAUACAGCCGUGAUCAUUUUCCUAACACCUUCAUGUUGUUAUGGACAGUAAUACUGCAGUCACCGAAAGGAAGUGGGCUGCGCAGAUUUAAAAACACUUUUCUGUCAACCUGUGACCUUUUCACAUUUUGAAAUUGCAGAAGAAAGUAUUGAACACAAAAAUACUUUCUUGGAUAAAAGUUAUUUUGAAAUGGGGCAAAAAUUACGGUGUGGGCUCUGUGCACUCAGCUGUAGCAGUUUAUUUAGAAACCAUUUUUGUCGGUCGGUAGAUAACUUUUGCUGACUGUCCUGAGCUACGUGAGUGAUGAUUAUUUACUGAUUUACAAGUUAUGGCUUCAAAUGCCCCAAAACAUUGAACAUUGCAUGAAAUGGCACUUCAAUAAGUUUGACCCUGAUGAAAAUAUUGUAAAAUGUAGAACUACUUUGCAAACCAACUAUAUGAAAUAGACACAUUGCAUAUGUUGUGUUUUUAAUCUUGUCUUACUUAAGGUUGACUGUGAAGGCAGAGAGGAUCAAAUGAAACAAAACAACUGAAAAAUAUUGAAAGCAUUGUGUGUUAAAUUAGAGGUGAUGCUUUCCUCUGUAAGUUAGCUCAAAAUCUGAUAUUGAAGAAGGCUCAAAUGGCAAAGUGUUGUAUGCUGUGCUGUAGUAUUCCCUUUAUCAUCAAGUGUUGAUCAAGUCGAAGCAUUCAAACUGAAAUUAUGAGUCCUCGGUGAAGAAAUAGUAGAAACAUUUCAGAUUUUCAUUUUGUCACCCUCUGGAUUUUCGAAUCUCUCAAAGCAGCUCAGCUGGGGCUCAGUAUUCUUGUAGUUAGAUGAGUUUAUAACAAAAAUCAGAAGAAUUAAACAGCUGUCUAAUUUGGCAUGUUUGUAUCUCAAUACAAAAAAAAAAGCUUAUUUAUCAAAUUCAUCCUUUAGGUACAGAGUCUUUGUGGCUCUUCAGAAGGAAUCACAUUUUGGUCUACUGUUUUGGAGUCGGGUGAAUCUUGAACACCACCUUUCAACAGUAUAACUUUAACUGUACUUUUUUUUUUAACAUGAUAGUGUUUUUAAUAUACAUUUUUUUCAACUUUAUACCAACUGGGAGCAAAAAUCUUUCAUGAUUUUUAUAUAGGGCAUCCCUAAUGCUCAAGGUUAGUCUCGUGUGACUUCAAGGUGUGUAAACUUUACUUACUGUUUGCAGACAAACAACCGAAAAUUCACACCAGCAGUGCACCACUUAUGUAAAUGUAUUUCAGAUGUGUUGGGUAGAGCUGCUUUGGAUUCAUUGUUGAAGUAUUAUUGGCUAGGUGCACAUCUACACCCACAUGCCACAAAGAUGAGUAACACUGACAGAGUGGAGCAGCAUGGAUGUUUAUCUUCUUCAUGUCAAGUGCAGUGAUCAACAACUCACUGUCACACAGAUUCUCACCCUCUAUUCAAGCAUCACUCAUUGUGAAACCAAAGCCUUAAACUUAGCCCGUACAAAUCAUUAAAAAAAAUGAGAUAACUAGGUGUGAAGACGCAGGUGAAUCGAACAUGCACUGGAGGAUUUGGCAGGAAAUUAUAAAAGGAAAAGUUUCAUUAGAGCGUCCUGAUAAGGACUUCAAUGCCAAGGCUACAGUCAUCUUAAAGACCAACAAAAGAUAAGGUGAAACAAGAGAUAAAGCACCAUGACUUCUAUGUCUUUAACCC